GGUUGCAUAAUUGCAGAUUUAGAUUAUGCACAAGCAAAAGGUUUGAAAUUAGUAUUGAAUGAAAUAGAUGCAACAAAAGACUGGGAAGAGCAUUUAGUUCAUAUUUUUAAGUCAUGUCAU